AUGAUCAAGAGCCCAGACUCUUCGAGACCUGCUCGGAAAAGGUCGCGUGAUGAUCUGGAGGAAGCGGGGCUCAGCAAAGCACAACGAGAAAAACUGCGUCGCGACCGACUUAAUGACAGGUUUCUUGAGCUGGGCCGCGAGCUGGAUCCAACCACGACUCCGCGGACGGACAAGGGCAUAAUUCUCAACAACGCCGUUCGUGUGCUGACCGGCCUCAAGGCGGAGGCUGCUGCUCUCAAGCAGGGCACGUGGCAGCUCCAGGAGCAGAUCAAGGAGCUCAAGGUGAAAAGAAAAUGA